AUGGGUAAGACACGUGGUAUGGGAGCUGGGCGCAAGCUCAAGACCCACAGGAGGAACCAGAGGUGGGCUGACAAGGCCUACAAGAAGAGCCAUCUGGGGAACGAGUGGAAGAAACCCUUUGCAGGUUCAUCCCACGCAAAGGGGAUUGUCCUUGAAAAGAUUGGCAUUGAGGCCAAGCAGCCCAACUCUGCCAUCCGUAAGUGCGCUCGUGUCCAGCUGGUGAAGAAUGGAAAGAAGAUUGCCGCCUUUGUGCCGAACGACGGUUGCCUGAACUUCAUCGAGGAGAAUGACGAGGUGCUCAUUGCUGGGUUCGGUCGGAAGGGGCAUGCCGUGGGAGACAUCCCCGGUGUCCGGUUCAAGGUGGUGAAGGUGUCGGGCGUGUCCCUCCUCGCACUCUUCAAGGAGAAGAAGGAGAAGCCCAGAUCCUAA